GAACUUUUGUAUAAAUGUGUUGAAAAUUCAUUAAAUGUAGAAAGGUUAAAGUUACUGAUACAGAGGACCAAGUAAGCAAGUUGAAAUCUACUCUAGAAGAAGUUGUGAACCAGAGAGUGAGUGCAAGUGAUGAAGUUGUGAGAAUGCAAAAAGAAAUGUAUGAACUUGUUGGACAAGUGGCCGACACAACAAAAGCUCUGGAAGAAAAGGACUCAGCAAUAGGUGACCUUCUGAGACAAGUUGAAGAUUUGAAGUCCAGCAUGUUGAACCUAAGGAAAGAGAAAGCUUUGCUGAAGGAACAGUUAGCAGCCCAACAAAAUGUCUGUGAGGAGCUCAGUGUGCAGCUUCAAGACAUGGAGCAGAAGACAACUGCUAGGCUGAUGGAACUGGACACAUUAGCUAUAGAGAACAAGAGGCUGGAAGAAAUUCUGCAGAAGGAAAAACAAAGUCACCUAGGGAUGGUUCAGACUUUGGAGGAAACAAUACAAAAACUGGUAUCAGAAAAUUCCACUCUCACAGAGAAGCUGACCAGUGCUCUGUCUCAAGUAGAGUCAUUGCAAUCAGAAGACUCUGUAUUAAAAUGUAAAAUUUCUGAAUUUGUUGUUGAGGAUAGGAACCUCUGAGGUGGAAGUGUCAACUCUGUCUCAAGAGGCUUCACAUCUCCAGUCCCAAGUCCAGUGUUUGGACGAAGAAAAAGCACGCUCGAUAGAACAGAUAUCUCUUAUUCUGAGCCAGUUAAAGGCAGUAGAAGAAGAGAAAAACUAUCUGAUUCAA